CGACAACACAGAAACCGGCUCACCUAACUGGCUGUCGCUGCACCUCGAUCUUUCCGGGGUUUCCCCGUCUGGUCGGUGCGUCUGCGGAGCUGUGCGGUAAAUGAGAGCGGGAAAGGACGCCCCGGUCAGGAACAGAAAUGAGUAAAAGCAGCUGGCAGAGCAGGAGAAGACCCGGGAGAAGAGGCCGCCAGCAGAACCCUUGGCUUCGACAGCAUUCUGGACAGAGGUACGCCACAGAGGUGCCCCAGGAUCUGCAGGACUCUGACUGUGAGGAUGGCGAGGUCGCAUCAACGUCAGCCUCAUCCAGCACUGGGGCUUCUUCAGUGCCAGAUCUGCCAGGUUAUUACUUUGACCCUGAAAAGAAACGCUACUUCCGCUUGCUGCCCGGGCACAAUAACUGCAACCCCCUCACAAAGGAGAGCAUCCGGCAAAAGGAAAUGGAAAGCAAAAGACUGAAGCUGCUAGAAGAGGAUGAGCAGAAAAAGAAAGUAGCCAGAAUGGGAUUUAAUGCAUCUUCCUUCCUACAAAAAAGUCGUCUGGGUUUUCUCAAUGUCACCAGUUAUUGCCGUUUAGCCCACGAGCUGCGAGUGAGCUGCAUGGAGAGGAAAAAGGUCCAGGUUCAGAGUUCAGAUCCCUCUGCUUUGGCGAGCGACCGGUUUAACCUCAUCCUGGCAGAUACCAACAGUGACCGGCUCUUCACAGUGAACGAUGUCAAGGUUGGAGGCUCCAAGUAUGGCAUCAUCAGCCUGCAGGGUCUGAACACCCCCACGCCCAAGGUGAACAUGCACGAAAACCUCUACUUUACCAACCGGAAGGUGAAUUCUGUGUGCUGGGCCUCGCUAAACCACUUGGAUUCCCACAUUCUGCUGUGCCUCAUGGGACUCGCAGAGACGCCAGGCUGUGCCACUUUGCUUCCAGCAUCAUUGUUUGUAGGUAGUCACCCAGGUACAGACCGGCCUGGCAUGCUCUGCAGUUUCCGGAUCCCUGGUGCCUGGUCCUGUGCAUGGUCCCUGAAUAUCCAGGCAAAUAACUGCUUUAGUACUGGUUUAUCUCGGCGAGUGCUGUUGACCAACGUGGUGACAGGACACCGGCAGACGUAUGGGACCAACAGUGAUGUCUUGGCCCAGCAGUUUGCUGUCAUGACUCCUUUGCUAUUUAAUGGUUGUCGUUCUGGAGAGAUCUUUGCCAUUGAUCUGCGUUCUCGAAGUCAAGGCAAGGGCUGGAAAGCCACUCGCCUGUUCCAUGACUCAGCAGUGACCUCUAUGCAAAUCCUCCAGGAAGAGCAAUGUCUGAUGGCAUCAGACAUGGCAGGAAAGAUCAAGCUGUGGGACCUGAGGACCACCAAAUGUAUAAGACAGUAUGAGGGUCACAUGAAUGAGUAUGCCUACCUGCCCCUGCACGUACAUGAGGAAGAAGGAAUCGUGGUGGCAGUGGGCCAGGACUGCUACACAAGAAUCUGGAGCCUCCAUGAUGCCCACCUGCUCAGAACCAUACCUUCCCCAUAUCCCACCUCCAAGGCCGACAUCCCCAGUGUGGCCUUCUCUUCUCGGCUUGGAGGCUCCCGGGGAGCACCAGGGCUGCUCAUGGCUGUCCGGCAAGAUCUUUACUGUUUCUCCUACAGCUGAUUCUGUAGGGAGCCGCCUGCAAAAGUGUGGAUUUUAAUUAAAAGGAGUAAAGAGUACUUUAUUUCCAUUGCUGAUGAGGGCUGACUUUUUUUCUCCCUCUUUUUGCUCCUGUCCUCUAAUGAGGGCAUUUCAAAUGAAACUGUGCACACAAAUUACAUCCUUCAUUCUUCUGGCUGCUAGGGGCAAGGUGCUAGGUGUUCCACAUGAAUACACCAAUAAAGUUGUUACAGUGAAAUUGUGGGCAUACAGAGCUUGAAAGUCCUUUUCAUAAAAUAAAAGGUACCUACAUCCUUUUCUUGUUGAAAGCCUUUAAAAAGUUAGUUCCCUUUGGUCUUAAGGACUAAAGGAAAUGGGUAGUAACUAAAUUAGAGCUGCUUCUUUUACCAAAAGCCCUGUGGAGAAGACCAGUGAUGAGAUUGGUGAAUAUGGGUAGAUAUUGCCUGGGGUCUCAGGAAGACUUGUCCUUGAAAAAGCCAACAGGGUUGGAAAGGAAAAGCCAGGUCAUGUCUUCAAGUCUCAUCAUUAAACAUGAUGAGAUCAUUAAAUAUGGCCUAUUCAGGAGAUCUCUUGAGAUAUUCCUUUUGAUAGCACUCAUGCAUUGGAAGGGAACAUGGAUCUCUUUAAAUGCUAGUUUUUAAAGAGUCCUUGAAGUGCCUUUAUUGAAACACUUUCCAGAAUGUAGGGGAUAGCAGCUUCUAUUUUUAUUAUAGCAACUUGAAUGUCAGAUUCAAGGACCCAAGGUCAAAGAAAAUCCAUUUUGAUUUUUUGUGAUUUCAGAGCUGUACUUUGUGAAAUGUUCAUACAGAGUUAAGAAGCCUUUCUACCAACCAAUAAAGUAGGAAGAACCA